GGAAGCUCGGCCAUCUCCUCGUACACCCAGGCUCCACCAGGGUCAGUCCACACUCAAUUUUGGAUGUUUCUUGUCCUGUCUUGUCAACCAGUUGGCUCGUUUUGUCUUGUCAUGUGACCAUGUGAGACUUAAAAAAAAGCCGAAUAUGCUCCUUCUGAAGCCGGUGCCAUUUUGAAGCCCCCGUUGGCGGUCGCAAACCAGCAUCGGCUAGCUCCGUGCUAGCUAGCUAGCCAGCUAGCUAAUCUCUCCAAGUGCUACCUUUGACCGCUCACGCUGUUUUCAUCUGCUGGCGUCUGUGGCUGUCGGGAUCCGAUGUUGCCACGGGAAGAAAAGCGAGCCUGCUCUUUGUGAAUGAGUGUUGCACAGGAGACAGACGUCAACGCAGACAAGAGGAGAGACUCUGAAGUCCGCAUUAUUCUUGUGUAACAGAUUGCAACAGAGCUUCACGGCUCGACGGUUGCCAUGUCGACCUCAUCGCUACGGCGACAAGUGAAGAACAUCGUCCACAACUAUUCGGAAGCUGAAAUCAAGGUUCGAGAAGCAACGUCCAAUGACCCGUGGGGCCCCAGCAGCUCGCUGAUGUCAGAGAUCGCCGACCUCACCUACAAUGUUGUGGCCUUCUCAGAAAUCAUGAGCAUGGUGUGGAAGCGCCUCAACGACCACGGCAAGAACUGGAGACACGUGUACAAGGCCAUGACCCUGAUGGAGUAUCUGAUCAAGACCGGUUCAGAACGUGUCGCCCAGCAGUGUCGAGAGAACAUUUAUGCGGUCCAGACCCUCAAGGACUUCCAGUACAUAGACAGAGACGGCAAAGACCAGGGUGUGAACGUGCGAGAGAAAGCCAAACAGCUGGUGACCCUGUUGAAAGACGAAGAGAGACUACGCGAAGAGAGGAUCCACGCCCUCAAAACCAAAGAGAAGAUGGCACAGACAUCCAGUGCUUCUUCGGCGCCCUCAGCACCCAACCUGGGGGGAAACCUGUCACUGGCCUCUCACUCCGGAGGGGCCGACCCCGAGCAGGCGUGGCCGCAGAGCUCCGGGGAGGAGGACCUGCAGCUCCAGUUGGCUUUGGCCAUGAGUAAAGAAGAAGCGGAGCAGACGAGCGUGGACCCUCUGGAGGACGCAGAGCUGUGCUAUGCAAUCACACUCAGCAAAGAGAUGCUCCAAAAGGAGGAGCGACUACGCAGAGGCGAUGACUUGCGGCUGCAGAUGGCCAUCGAGGAGAGCAAGAGGGAGAAGGCCAAGCCGGAGGAGAGCGCUCUCAUGGAGCUGAGUGCAGUGGACCCCUGGGGGGCCCCUGCCACUGCCGCCGCCGGCAUCCCCGCUGUGGGCUCUGCCGGCCCCUCCCCGCCGCCGAGCCUCGCCAUCGCAGCGUCAGGCCCGUGGAGCGCAACUGCCACGGAUCCAUGGGGAGUCGCCUCACCGACCUCCCCUACCAGCUCCGACCCCUGGGGCGGAGGGCAGCCGCCGCCGCCCACUGUAGCCCCGCCUCCUGACCCCUGGGGGGAGACGGCCAACAGAGUUAACAACGUGGACCCCUGGGGAACCUCAGCUGUGACACCCCCCAGUGUCGACCCCUGGGGCCCCACGGUGCCACACAGCACCUCCUCCUCAGGGGUGCCAGUAGACCCCUGGGCAAAGGAUGGUGCUGUCCCUGCCUCUGAGCCACUCACCUCUGACCUCUGGAGUGGCACCAGCAAACACACAAACGGCACAGGAGAUGCGGAGCGGCGAGAGUCGUCAGCGACUGGCUGCAACAGCACCAGCUCCCCCGUGCCCUUUGACCUCUCCUCCCUGGGCUCCUCCCUACCAGUUCGCAAGACACCAGAGUCCUUCCUCGGACCCAACGCGGCUCUGGUGGAUCUGGACUCGCUGGUGUCGUCCAAGCCGAAACCCAAACAGCCGCCGCCUCCUUCCAUCUCGUCAUCGGCAGCGCACAACCCCUUCCUGCAGAACACAGGUUCGUCCCCUGCCCCCGGCAUGGCUGUGACCCCAGGCAGUACCAUCUCCAGCCGCGGCGUUUCCCCGACGCCGGCCUCCUCCAACCCUUUCAGCGUGGCGCCCGCCAUGGCCUCCAUUUCACCUCAGCCCUCGUCGCUCGGCCUGAGCGGCCUUCGCACCAGCCCCGUGCCCCCCAAUCCCAUGCUGGGCAUGGUGCCGCCCGGGAUGGGCCUCGGCCCCAUGGGCACGCCGGGUUUGGGACUGGGCAUGAUGCAGGCCAGCCCCAUGGGGAUGAGCUACAGCGGGCUCUCCCCCAUGGCGCCGCCCGGAUCAACUAUGCUGGGGCCCGCAGGGGCGGCGCCCCCUCAGCUGAUUCUGGGCACAGGAGGGAUGAUGGGUGCGGGAGGACCCGUGGGAGGUGCGGGAACGACGACGACGGCGGGAGCGAGCACCAAUCCUUUUCUUCUUUGAGGGCGUGUCACCACUCACCUGUCAUACGUACCUGCUGCUCCCUUUUAAACACACAGCUUUACUUCACCUUGUCCAAACGCAUUUCAACCCCCCCCCCC